CCGAUUUCUGCCUACCAACGUUUCGCUCGGGCUGAGUUUGCUGAGCACAUCUAUGGAGUUGGACGUCUGGUUUGGAAAAGAAUUUCCGUUGACGAGCUUAUUCGGCACUCAAGGAUCUUCGGAACUAUAUGGAGGAUCCUGCUGUUCCUGAGAACGUGCAGCCGAGUGAGAUAAAAUUUCUGGAUACUCUUCGCUUGAUGAAGGCAUCGAUCGCACAAAAGCUAGAGCCAGUUCGGCAAAAGCUGGAACCGGCCAAAGCUAAAGUGUCUGAACUUCUCAAUAAGAUUGACAAGGUGCUCCGGACAAAGUUCUUUAUCCAGCGAACGAGGCUUUAUCAUCUUCAGCAAAUUUUGCUUAUAGGCAUCAAGUACAAGGCUGUACGCGAUGAGAUUUAUUGCCAGAUUUGCAAACAGACUACUCUCAACCCAGCCAGAGUAAGUGAUGCAAGGGGCUGGCAAGCAAUGGCAGUUUGUGCUGGCACGUUUCCACCCUCUGAGAAGUUCAGACCUGUACUGGAGGAGCAUCUUAAACAAAUUGUGGAUGGAAUUGUGGGAGGGAUGCCCGAUCAAGAGAAGGCUAGAUCGAUGGCACUAUACUGCUUAAAUCGGCUUCGAAAAAUUUGCCGGGUUGGAGCACGGCAAGUAGCUCCGUCUUCAGAAGAGAUUCUAGCUUCUGAGCACAUGCAUGUAACUUCUAUUAACGUUGCCAUUCCGGGGGGACUUGCUCAGGUUGUGUCCAUGGAUUCAAUGACCACUGGAGGAGAAGUCACUGCCGAAAUUGCAGCAAGACUUGGUUUGCCAGAUGUUGGCUUUUAUGGUAUCUUCAUAGUAACAAAUGGAGUUGAACGAUUUGCUGGAACACAUGGACUUCUGUCCGAGUCGUAUACGGAAUGGAACGUAGGCCCCUCCCCAGAACUGGAAGAAGAAGUGCAAGCAUUCAGACGGACACGGCACUUCCUCGUGGACCACUGUGCUCAGUGCCUAUACAACAUGGACCCGGACUCGGUGCUGGGCAAAGACUUGAAACAUGGCAUCUCAGCUAUGGAACAUUUGAAGGAGAAGGAAAUGCAGGAGAAAGCAGGCAGAGAAGCGAAAGAAACGGAUCCUGAGGAGGAGGAAAUCAGGGAUGCUGAGCUCAGGAGAUUGUUUGCUGACGUGCAUCUCCUAUUCAAGAGGAACCGGUUUCCUGUUGAAGGCACUGCUUCAUCAGAUUCAGUCCGGGCAUUCGAGUACGCUCAAGUACGAUGAUGGUCAAUAAACCUUCCAGCAACGUACGAUGUGGUACACGGCCUAUAUGUCAUCGAAGAAGCUGAUGCGGUGAUGCUAGCAGCACUACAACUGCG